UACACGGUACGCGAAGCGUCUGGCGUUCGCAACCCGAGGAACCGCUUCCGGGGCACGAGGCAACACUUCCGGGAUCUCCGGGCUGAGGAGUGCCGCCGCUUCGGGCGGGGGACUCUGCUAUCUAGACCAUGUUGCUACGAGUCGCCUGGAGGCGGGCAGCCGCGGCCUUGACUGCAGCUCCUGCGUGGAAGUCUGGGGCGCCCAUUCGGGGUCUGCGCUUGCGCGUUGUAGAACAUGCUCCCCGGUCAGCUGUUCUCUCAGAUACAGUCCCUGCUCCAGAGGCAGAGUCAAUGCUGCGACCUAUCUAUAUGGAUGUGCAAGCUACAACUCCUCUGGACCCCCGGGUGCUUGAUGCCAUGCUUCCUUACCUGGUCAACUACUAUGGGAACCCACAUUCCCGGACACAUGCUUAUGGCUGGGAGAGUGAGGCAGCCAUGGAACAUGCUCGCCAGCAAGUAGCAUCUCUGAUUGGGGCUGACCCUCGUGAAAUCAUUUUCACUAGUGGUGCUACUGAAUCCAACAACAUAGCAAUUAAGGGGGUGGCUAGGUUCUAUAAGUCACGGAAAAAGCACUUGAUCACCACCCAGACUGAACACAAAUGUGUCUUGGACUCCUGCCGUUCACUAGAAGCUGAGGGCUUUCAAGUCACCUACCUUCCAGUGCAGAAGAGCGGGAUCAUCGACCUAAAGGAACUAGAGGCUGCCAUCCAGCCAGAUACCAGCCUGGUCUCAGUCAUGACUGUGAACAAUGAGAUUGGAGUGAAGCAACCCAUUUCGGAAAUAGGGCGGAUUUGCAGUUCCAGAAAGGUAUAUUUCCACACCGAUGCAGCCCAGGCCGUUGGAAAAAUCCCACUUGAUGUCAACGACAUGAAAAUUGAUCUCAUGAGCAUCAGUGGUCACAAAAUCUAUGGUCCAAAAGGGGUUGGUGCCAUCUACGUUCGCCGCCGGCCCCGUGUGCGUGUGGAGGCCCUGCAGAGUGGAGGGGGGCAGGAGCGGGGUAUGCGAUCUGGGACAGUGCCCACACCCUUGGUGGUGGGGCUGGGGGCUGCGUGUGAAGUGGCACAGCAAGAGAUGGAGUAUGACCACAAGCGGAUCUCAAAGUUAGCAGAGCGACUGAUACAGAAGAUAAUGAAGAGUCUUCCAGAUGUGGUGAUGAAUGGGGACCCUGAGCAUCAUUAUCCAGGCUGUAUCAACCUCUCCUUUGCAUAUGUGGAAGGGGAGAGUCUGCUGAUGGCACUCAAGGAUGUUGCCUUAUCCUCAGGGAGUGCUUGCACCUCUGCAUCUCUGGAGCCCUCUUAUGUCCUUAGAGCGAUCGGCACUGACGAGGAUUUAGCUCAUUCUUCCAUCAGGUUUGGCAUUGGCCGCUUCACUACAGAGGAAGAAGUGGACUACACAGUGGAGAAGUGCAUCCAGCAUGUGAAGCGUCUUCGAGAAAUGAGCCCUCUCUGGGAGAUGGUACAGGAUGGCAUUGACCUCAAGAGCAUCAAGUGGACUCAACACUAGAAGAACAGUCACUUUUGUGGGCCUGGCCUGUCCUGUCUCACUGAUCCAUGUACACCAGGCACCUUGUUAAACCCGGAGAGUGUUCCACGUUCAAACCAGAAUUGCUGUAGCCCAGAUGACUUCAGCAUCAGCCCACCUCUAAGACAGAAACACAAGAAAACUAUCUUUCCCCAGCCUCGACUCUUUUGGUGGGAAAUAUUCCCCCAUUUCUCUCCAGAAGUCUUCCUUUGGUCUUACAGUGGGUGGGCAUUCUAAUUGUGAAGCAGUAGGGACAUUUGGUAUGAUAUUGCUGCUGGACAUGCCUGUGUAUUUGGUAGAGAGAGCCAGAAGAACAGGAAGAAGGCUCUUUAGGACCCUGAUAUUCUACGUGGACUUUUGAUUUGUCACUUUUUGCUGCUCAGCUGCAUUGGCUCCUUCAGCAACAAGCCUAAUCGACUGAGAUUUAAUCUUUUUUGUGCUUCCAAAGGCCACCUCUUCGAAUUGAUUGUAGACCGAGCAGCAUGUUAUUUAGAAGGCUCGCCUUCUUUCUGUUCUCAUCCUCUUUCUUUUCUUUUUACCUAACAGAGCUAGAAGCAUCUAUGACUCCACCCAUUAUUAAAAUAAUUUAUGUUUGUCUCCUUAAAAUUUGUUAAUUUACAGAUUGGAGAAAUAAAUUUACCUUCUAUUUGCUCUGUGACUUUUAUGAAAGGCUCAGGGCAAAGUGGAAGGUACAC